AUGAAGUACUUCAGUCGUAUCGGUGCCCUGGCAGCAGCCCUCUUGGCAGCUACGCCAUUGUUUGAUGGAGUCGCCGCCCAGGCGACCACCCCGACUGUCUGGACCGAACCAGGAACCGGCAUUGUCUUCAACACUUGGUCCGCCACUAAUGCCCAGACUGCGGGAGGCAUGACCUACGGUUUCGCCUUGCCCCAAGACGCCUUGACGACGGACGCCAACGAAUACAUUGGUUACCUGCAAUGCUCUUCCAAGAACGGCCAGGGCACCGGCUGGUGUGGACUCUCCCUUGGCGGCUCCAUGACUAACCAGCUCCUCCUCACUGCUUGGCCCAACGCCGGAGAGGUCCUCACUUCCUUCCGUUGGGCAGUCUCAUACGACAUGCCCGAAGUCUACUCUGGCGAUGCCAAGCUCACUCAGAUCUCGUCAACUGUCAACGCGACGCAUUACACCCUCAUCUACCGCUGCCAGAACUGCUUUAAGUGGAACCACGAGGGCGUCACUAACGGCGUGUCGACGACCGCCGGAUUCUUCAUCCUCGGCUGGGCACAGGCAUUCACCAACCCUACCAACCCAUCUUGCCCCGCCGACAUAUACCUUGUCCAGCACGAAAACCAGGGCAUUCACGGUGCCGUCCCGGAUGCCAGCAUCGCAGACCCGUCCUACUCUGCCUGGGUUGCCCUAGCGACCAAGACAGUCACUGGCAACUGCGGAGGUGGUGGCGGUCCUACGGCCACUUCCGCCCCGCCCUCGUCCACGACAACUCGGCCUCCCACGGGACCCACUGGCGUUCCUGUUCCCUCCGGCACAUACGAUUAUAUCGUGAUCGGCGCGGGUGCCGGCGGUAUUCCUCUGGCCGACAAGCUGAGUGAGGCAGGCAAGAGCGUUCUGCUGAUCGAGAAGGGCCCGCCGUCUUCCGGCCGCUGGGGCGGCACCAUGAAGCCUACUUGGCUCGAGGGCACUAACCUGACCAGGUUCGAUGUACCCGGUUUGUGCAACCAGAUCUGGCGCGACUCGGCUGGCAUCGCCUGUCAGGACACCGACCAAAUGGCUGGGUGUGUUCUCGGUGGAGGCACCGCCAUCAACGCUGCUCUCUGGUGGAAGCCGUAUGCUCAGGAUUGGGAUUACAACUUCCCUAACGGAUGGAAGUCGGGCGACGUCGCCGGUGCAACAAGCCGCGUCUUCUCUCGCAUUCCCGGCACCACCACUCCCUCCCAGGACGGUAAGAUCUACCUUACAGAUGGCUUCAAUGCCAUCGCCAGCGGCCUGCGCACAGGCGGCUGGAAGGAGGUUGAUCUUAACGCGAACCCCAACUCCAAGAACCGCACGUUUGGCAAGACGCCCUACAUGUACUCUGGAGGUGAGCGCGGCGGCCCCAUGGCCACGUACCUCGUCUCGGCGAACACACGUAGCAACUUCAAGCUGUGGACCAAGACGGCUGUCAAGCGUGUUGUCCGCACCGGCGGCCACAUCACUGGCAUCGAGGUCGAGCCGUACCAGGAGGGCGGGUUCGUCGGCACGGUGAACGUGACCCCGGUCUCGGGCCGCGUGGUCCUGUCCGCCGGCACGUUUGGCAGCGCCAAAAUCCUGCUGCGCAGCGGUAUCGGCCCAACGGAUCAGCUGCAGGUCGUCAAGGGCUCCGUCGACGGACCGACGAUGAUCGCCAACUCGUCGUGGAUCAACCUUCCUGUCGGCUACAACCUGGAAGAUCACACCAACACCGAUUCCGUCGUCAGCCACCCGAGCACGCAGUCUUACGACUUCUACCAGGCUUACACCGACCCCAACGUCACCGACAAGAACGCAUACCUCCAGAAGCGCAGCGGCAUCCUGGCGCAGUCCGCACCCAACAUCGGACCUUUGUUCUUCGAGGAGAUCAAGGGCGCCGACGGCAUCACCCGCCAACUGCAGUACACGGCCCGCAUGGAGGGCAGCCUUGGCGUUCCCGAUGGCCAGGCCAUCACCAUUAGCCAGUACCUCGGCCGCGGCGCCACAUCCCGCGGCAGGAUGACCAUCGGCGCCAACCUCGGCACUGUCGUCUCCACGGUCCCUUACCUACGCGAUCAGAACGACGUCGAAGCCGUCAUCAAGGGCCUCGAGAACCUGCAGACCUCACUUAAGAGCGUGCCCAACCUUGUCUGGAACUUCCCCCCGCCGGGCACCACGGUCCGCGACUACGUCAAUAACAUGGUCGUUUCCUACUCGAACCGCCGCGCGAACCAUUGGAUCGGGACAAACAAGCUCGGCACCAAGGACGGUCGCAGUUCGGGCGGCGACUCUGUCGUCGACGUCAACACAAAGGUGUACGGUACCGACAACCUCUUCGUCGUCGACGCCAGCAUCUUCCCAGGCAUGGUCACAACCAACCCCUCGUCGUACAUCGUCGUCGCUGCCGAGCACGCUGCCGCCAAGAUGCUCGCCCUUGCAACCUCUACAGCCCAGCCCCAGUUCGGGCAGUGCGGCGGGUCGACGUGGAACGGCAGCUUCCAGUGCGCUACUGGCCUGACGUGCACCGCCAAGGAUGCCUAUUACUCUCAGUGUCUUUAA